AUUUGUCCUUCUAGAGAGCUAGCACAACAAACAUAUGAAGUUAUAGAAGAGUUUCUAGAGCCUCUAAGGGAGGCUGGGUACCCUGAGAUUAGACCUCUAUUAUGUAUUGGUGGAAUUGACAUCAAGUCCCAGCUAGAUGUGGUGAAGUUGCUACACCUGGAAGACUUAAAGAUAUGCUUGCUAAAGAGAAAAUGUGCCUUGAGAAUUGCAGAUAUUUAACACUAGGCGAAGCAGACAGAUUAGUAGACAUCGGUUUUGAAGAUGACAUCAGGGAAGUUUUCAAUCAUUUCAAAUUCCAAAGGCAAACUCUACUUUUUUCCGCCACAAUGCCUAUAAAGAUCGAAAACUUUGCGAGAAGUGCUUUGGUUAAACCCAUAACAGUGAAUGUGGGAAGAGCUGGAGCGGCUAACUUAGAUGUUGUCCAGGAAGUAGAGUAUGUGAAGCAGGAGGCAAAGUUGAAUUACCUUCCUGACCGUUUAAAGAAAACGCCCCCUCCGGUUUUAAUAUUCUGUGAGAAUAAAGCUGAUGUGGAUAACAUAUAUGAACACAUGCUACUGCAAGGAGUGGAAGCUGUUUCUAUUCAUGGAGGGACCAAGAAGAGAGGGAGUAUGCGAUUUCAUCGUUCAAAGCAGGGAAGAAGGAUGUGUUGGUGGCAAGUGGCAACUGAUGUUGCCUCAAAAGGGUUGGAUUUUCCUGACAUACAACAUGAUAAAGCAAAAUGACCUACUAAAGUGUCUGCGUUUCUUUGUUAUGAAGCAGUAGACAAUCCAUACAAUUUUCGAAGCAAUGUUCACUAUGGGUCAUCCACAAUCAGUCUUUGUGGCACUCGGGUGAUGAUGAUGACGACGAUGACAACACGUGAUAAACUAUGACAUGCCUGCUGAAAUUGAGAACUACGUCCAUAGGAUCGGGCGUGCAGGUAGGUGUGGUAAAACGGGACAUGCCACAACUUUCAUAAACAAAACUCAGAGCCCGACAACGCUUCUUGAUCUCAAACACCUCCUGCAAGAAGCUAAGCAAAGGAUAUUCCGCCAGUCCUUGCUGAACUUGAAACUCCUGGGGAAGGUGUCGAUGAUGCCAUCAUCACCAAUGCAAGUGGGGUCAAAGGCUGCGCAUACUGUGGUGGUCUUGGUCAUUGCAUUUGUGAUUGUCCCAAGUUUGAGCAUCAAAAGAGCCAGCAAAUAACCAAUCAAAGGAGGGACUUCUUCGGGUCUGGCUGCUAUCGAGGAGAGAUUUGAUUCGCCUUUUAUUUUAUUUAUUCAUUUAUUCAUAUGUUAUCAUACUCAUUUAGUAACUUAGUGUAUAUCUUCUAUUGUAUUGCAACCGUUCUCUGCCAAUACUGCAUGAGCUAUAUUUAAGAACAUUCCUAUACAGUUAGAUAUAGGAAUGUUUUCCGAUUCUGCUGUAUCAAGAAUAUUCCUAUAUGUUUUUGUUAUUGUACUGUUUACUUAAAUUUGCUGGUGAAGUCCAAUUCGGGGUU